GCUUGCCCUAGAAUGCACAUUCUGGGUUCGAUGGCCAGCACCACAUAAAAUAGGUGUAGUGAUGUAUUCCUGUAAAACCGACACUGGCGAGGCGGGGGCAAGAUCAAUCAUCCGUUACUUGUUACUUAUCCAGUUCGGGGUCGCUUGAGCUAAGGGCUAUCUUAGAGAAAAAGGGGGAAAAAUAUUGGAAAGAAAGGAAGAUGAAUGUUUAAAGAGCGAAUUUUCUUCCCAUCUGCUAAGAGGUGUCCCCACCUCUCGUUUGGGGUAUGAGGUGAGACAUCCCGAACCUCAGGUAACACCAGCGCUGUGGUGGUUUGGAAACAGCACUUUCCCACUGGAGUGAAAUCGACUCCUGCGGAGCGGAUAGUACGCGCACUCACCCCGGGGCAGCGGGCAGGGCCAGGAAGGUCGGGUUUGGCCUCUGCGACUGGCCUUGCAAGGCCCCGCCCUUAAUGGGUGGAGCCACCGCAGGACCAGCACGUGUAAAAAGUUCGGUGCGGGUCUCCGCAGGCCACUCACCUGAGCGUCCGGCGGCCGAGCGGGUUGUCUGGACCUGCGCCGUGCUCCAUGUCCCGCCGCAAGGCCGGCUACGUGCCGCGCCGUGUAGACCCCGAGCCCGACCAAGACGACAUGGAGACGCCAGAGCUCGUCAUUGAUGUGAAGCCAGAGCGUGACGCGGGGGCCCUGGGGCCCUUGGCCCCGAAGGACGUGUCCAUGCCGGGACCCCUCGGUACCGAGCGUCGUUUCGGCACUGCCCCGCUGCCCCUCGGCGCGCGCAGUCCGUGGGCCCCGUGGAUACCGCUGAGCCUUGAACCUUCCGACCGCCAGCCCUGGACCAACAAGCACCCAGAUCUGUUGACCUGCGGCCGCUGCCUGCAGACCUUCCCAUUGGAGGCCAUCAUCGCUUUCAUGGACCACAAAAAACUGGGCUGUCAGAUCCUCCAGGACGUCGGCCCCAUUUCAGAAUCCAAGGACAUGAAGGCUCUGAGCUGUCUGCGAUGUGGCAGACAGUUCACCGGAGCAUGGAAGCUGCUAUGCCAUGCCCAGUGGGAUCAUGGGCUAUCCAUCUACCAAACAGAAUCGGAGACCCCAGAAUCCCCACUGUUGGGCCUGGCUGAGGUAGCUGCAGCUGUGUCGGCAGUGGCAGUGGUAGGACCAGUUGAGGACAAGCCCCCCACAGUGAGUAGUGCUGCCCGGCGGAGCCCCACUUGCUUGGUGUGCAAGAAGACCCUCAGCUCUUUCAGCAACCUCAAGGUCCAUAUGCGUUCCCAUACUGGUGAACGACCCUACGCCUGUGACCAGUGUCCCUACGCCUGUGCUCAGAGCAGCAAGCUCAACAGGCACAAGAAGACCCACCGACAGCUGACACCUGGGAGUCCCUGCACCCCUGCCACCAGCAGGGGGGUCUCCCCAACAGCCCCUCCAGAACCAGCUGACCAUGCAGCUGCUCCAGCUAGCACACUCCCACACCAGGAGGUGGAGAAGGCUGGAGCUGCAGCCACAGCAGGAAUACAGGAACCUGGGGCCCCUGGCAGUGGGGCUCAAGCAGGCCCAGAUGCUAUGGACUGGGGAGCCACUGCCAAAGUACAAAGGACUGACCCUAUAAAGGGUGAGAAGCCAACACCCAAGAAGACCCCCAAGUCGACGGGCAAGAGCCGCGGACCUGGGAGCAGCUGUGAGUUCUGCGGGAAGUAUUUUGCCAAUAGCAGUAACCUGACAGUACACCGGCGCUCACACACUGGUGAACGGCCCUAUGCCUGUGACCAGUGUCCUUACACCUGCGCCCAAAGUAGCAAGCUCAACCGCCACCGCCGCAUGCAUGGUCUGGGGCCUGGCAGUCCCCGCUAUAAGUGCCCACACUGCUCUGUUCCGUUUGUCCUCCGUGCCACACUGGAUAAGCACAUAUGCCAGAAACAUCCAGAGAUGGUCUCAGUGUAGUUCUGUCGUCUCUUCAUCCUUCUCAUUAUGUAAAUAAAUCACCUUAUUCAUGAUGUGCCUGGACUCUGG